AGCCUACCACCUCUAUAUUACACAGCACAAGGUUUGUAUAUCUUUCUUACAGCGAAUAGGUAAAGUGGGAGGCAGUAUAUCGUCAGCCAGUCAGUCUGUAGAGAGAGUAGUAUUUGAUGGCUUGUUUGCAUGCGAGGAAAGGGGAAUUAAUCCAUGAUUGAGUCACUAUGUUCGGGGGACAAAUGCUUGAACAAGGCCACUUUUUGGGCACAAAAUUUUGGCAAGGAAUGUGGUGCUUUCUGGCAUGUCCAUGUCCCACAAAAAGGGGAAACCCUUUGUACAGUUUUGCACAGAAAGUGUUCGACGAAAUGCUUGAAUAAGACACUGUCAGCCCAAUCCUGUCUUCUUGUUUUGUUUCCUCUCCAGAUAACUUCCAGUCGGGAUUAUUAUCCUCUUCAAUGGACAAGCAUCAUCACCAGCAGAUGGCUAAGAGCGCCCGCCAACGUUGCAGCGAAUGGGUGUUUCGAGACGUUCCUAGCGAUAUAAUCAUCGAAGUAGACGGAGGUACAUUCUCAUUGCAUAAGUUUCCUCUUGUGUCAAGAAGUGGACGAAUUCGAAAGCUGGUUGCAGAGCAUCGUGACUCACAUGGAUCCAGAAUCGAGCUCCAAAACCUCCCCGGAGGCGCCGAGUCGUUUGAGCUUGCAGCCCAGUUCUGCUAUGGCAUCAAUUUUGAAAUCACGGCUGCCAAUGUCGCGCAGCUCUGCUGCGUUUCAGACUACCUGGAAAUGACUGAAGAGUAUUCGAAGAACAACCUCGCCUCCCGAGCAGAAGAAUACCUUCGAAGCGUGGUCUGCAAGAAUCUAGAGAUGUGUAUUGAAGUUCUCCAACAAUGCGAGAGCCUGCUCCCACUCGCUGAUGAGCUCAACAUCAUCACCCAAUGCAUUGACGCCAUUGCCUCCAAAGCUUGCGUCGAGCAGAUCGCUUCAAGUUUUUCACGGCUAGAGUACAGCAGCUCAGGGAGACUUCAAAUGAGUAAGCAAACAACCUGCGAGCGAGACUGGUGGAUUGAAGAUUUGUCCGUUCUUCGUAUUGAUUUGUACCAGAAAGUGAUAACUGCCAUCAAAUGCCGAGGAGUCAGACCAGAAAGCAUCGGAGCUUCGCUCGUUAGCUAUGCAGAAAGGGAAUUGAUAAAAAAGCUGGGCUUAUGGAACCAAACCAAUACUCAGUCGUCCCAAGUGGAUCCAGUUUUUGGCGACCACGAAAGGCUAGUUGUCGAGACCAUAGUUAGCCUCCUCCCGGUCGAGAAAUUCGCUGUUCCCAUGACCUUUCUCUUUGGCAUGCUACGCACUGCUGUUAUGCUCGACUGCUCGGUUGCAUGUAGGCUCGAUCUUGAGAGGCGGAUAGGAUCCCAGCUAGAUAUGGCUACUCUCGACGAUCUUUUGAUACCUCUGUUCCGCCAUGCUGGAGAAACCUUGUUUGAUGUGGACACGAUCCAUAGAAUACUCGUAAAUUUCUGUCAGCGGGACGACAGCGAUGAAGACAUGGAUGAUGAUGAUGGUGAUUCAGUCUUUGAGACAGGCAGCCCUUUGCCCUCCCAAACCUCUCUGUUCAAGGUCUCUAAACUGGUCGACAAUUACCUGGCGGAGAUCGCCCCUGAUGCAAACCUCAAGCUCGGAAAGUUCAUGGCUGUCGCAGAAUCUUUACCUGCACAUGCUCGCACUCUCCACGAUGGCUUGUAUCGAGCAAUCGACAUCUACCUAAAAGCUCAUCAGAAUUUGCCAGAGCAGGAGAGGAGAAAGCUGUGUAAAUUGAUCGAUUUCCAGAAACUAUCACAGGAAGCUGGCGCACAUGCUGCCCAAAACGAGCGCUUACCUCUCCAAUCAAUAGUUCAAGUGCUCUACCACGAGCAGCUAAGGCUUCGAAACUCAUUAUUUUCUUCCUAUCCGGAUAACGAUCCGAAGCCAAUGCACCAAUCAUGGCGAAUCAACAGUGGUGCUCGCAGUGCUGCAAUGUCCCCACGGGAUAACUAUGCUUCCUUGAGGCGAGAGAAUCGGGACUUGAAGUUGGAGCUUGCAAGAAUGCGGAUGAGAUUAAACGACCUGGAGAAAGAUCAUGUCUAUAUGAAGAGAAAUCUGGAGAGAUCCACUUCCCGGAAACUCUUGAGCUCCUUUUCAAAAAAGUUUGUGAAGCUGAACAUCUUUGGCCAUGGUUCUUCAAGGGGCUCAACCUCGCCGGCGUCAAAGCAAUCACUUAGAUCAGAAUCAAGGUUUACUGAAAGAACAUGACGAAGAUCAUUUUCAGGUGGUUCGCAGUUGUCCGAAGUGCAUCCAUUAACAAAGCCUCGACUGCAACCAAGAUUCGACUGUUACUCAGUACCCGAUCUUUCUCCUGACGAAUGACUCGGCGACUCCCUCCGGCUCCCUGCGACGACAACAGAAUCUGC